AUGACAUUGCCUCUCCUGUUUCUAUUCAUAUUUUUUAUCUGGCUACCUGAGUCUGCAAGAUGGCUUAUCUCCGUUGGGAAAUACGACAAGGCCGAAAAAGUUAUUACAAAGGUAGCCGAAGUUAACAAGGCCGGACUGCAGAAGCCCCUGUUUACCAAAGAAUUCAUGGUAGAGCAGGAACGAAUCCGCAAGGAACAUAGGCCCACAGGUCUCGAUUUGAUCCGCACACCCAGGAUGAGAAUGCGAACCAUCAACCUUGUCUUUAUAUGGAUGGUGAACUCCAUGGUGUAUCAUGGCCUGUCUUUGAAUAGCUCAAAUCUCGGCACCAAUGAUUACGUCGCUUUUGCUAUUACGGGUGGUAUCGAGAUCCCGGCCUACAUCAUGGAUAUUUUCAUCGUAGAGUUCUUUGGCCGGAGGUUGAGUCUUUUCUUCUGUUUGAUGCUAGGUGGGUACUGUCUGAAUAUCAUUGUAGCCACCGGCGUUGCCCUGACAACUGUUUCUAUGAUAGGGAAGUUCGGGAUCGCAGGCUCGUUUGCAAUCAUAUAUCUCUACACCGUGGAGCUUUAUCCAACAAAUAUAAGGUAA